AUGAUUCAUAUUUUCGACAUGGAUAAGACUUUUCAGGUUUCAUCUUCCAACUGAAGAGAAUUAUGUUGAUAAAGUGGUAUAAUUUAGUAAUCGAAAAAAUAUAGGCUGAUAUAGUUUUUUUGUCACUUUGUUCUAAACAUUUUCUAAUAGAGUUCACAAUGGCAGCAACACGAAGAUUACAAAAGGAGCUUAACGACAUCAGGCAAUCGGGACUUAAAUCAUUUAGGGAUAUUCAGGUGGAUGAAUCCAAUAUUCUUACAUGGCAGGGUUUAAUAGUACCGGAUAAUGCUCCUUAUAACAAAGGAGCUUUUCGCAUUGAGAUUAAUUACCCAGCAGAAUACCCAUUUAAGCCUCCCAAAAUUAGUUUUAAAACAAAAAUCUAUCACCCAAAUAUUGAUGAAAAGGGUCAGGUGUGCUUGCCUAUUAUUAGUGCUGAAAAUUGGAAACCAGCAACAAAGACUGAUCAAGUUAUUCAAGCUCUGGUAGCUCUUGUCAAUGAUCCAGAACCUGAACAUCCAUUGCGUGCAGAACUGGCUGAAGAGUUCCUCAAGGAUAGGAAAAAAUUUUCUAAAAAUGCUGAAGAAUUCACCAAAAAACACAGUGAAAAGCGACCCUCUGAUUAAGUUUUACUUUAUUUAAUGCAUUUGAUGGAUUGAAGGCUUGUAUGCAUGCAUUUGAACAUUGAUUAAAAGUAUUAUAUUCA